AUGCCCCCAGUGGAAGAAGAAAAGCCUGAGUCAAUUGUGUUAAAGAAGAUUUUGAUUGAGAAACACUCACAUGUAAGAGACAGAGUGAGUCCUAAGGAGACAGUUCUGGACAUUCAAACGGUAGAGCCAAUUGAGUUUAAAAUCUCACUGGAAACAGCUGAUGGAGUACUGAUGCCAGAGGGAGAUGAACAGGAGAAAGUGGCUCUUAAAUAUGUCAUCCUGGCUCCCGAAGAAGAGGAGCCAGAAAUGACACCUAUAGUUUCAAGAAAGGCUACCCUUACAGGUGAGAAAAUAGAAGUUGCGCUAGAUCACAUUACUUCUGCAAAGGAUGAACCACCACUACAUGAUGAAGAAAGGAAAUUUGUUACGAUAGCGUCUGAACAUGUGGAAAGACAUUCUGGAGAAGAAAAGAGGGAAGGUGCAAUAAAGAAAGUUUCUGACAAGAAUAGUGUUCUUCAUGAAGGAAAGAUCCUUGUACAUGAAAAAGAACAGGAAAUUGAGUCAACUUUUGUUCCUGAACAUAUACCCAGAGAGUCUUAUGAGCCCAGGGACCAGAAGAGACUUCUAGGAAAAGAGAGAAAACCAAAAAUCAGUUUGCAACCUGAAGAAUUUCCUAUUAAGGAUAUCCCCACUAAGGAUAAAAUUUCCUUUGUAAAGGAUAACACAGAGGCAGGAAUAGCUGAAACUCCUCUGCUUAGAAGUGAAGGAGAGAGUGGAGGUUUUACUCUAGAGAAAUCUGAAGUUCCUCUCAGAGAAUCAAUGAAGGAACAUGACAUACAAAAUAAGACUCAACGGAUGAAAAAAUCUGGUACAGUAGCUGAAAUUUCUGUAGAUAAGAUUCUUAAUAAAGAAGCAAAGAAAACUGAAAUUAUUAAAGAUUAUGAGAAAGAUAAGAAUCUGGACUUUACAUCACAACUACAUUCCUUAGAACUGUCUGAGGAGACUGAACCACCAUUGAGAAAAGACAUUGACCCAGAACACCCCACUGAAGAUGAGGAAAUUCACAGAGAAAAAGCUUGCAUAAACAUUAAACCAUCAGUUCUGAAGCCAGAAGUAGUGGAAAGGAAAGCAAGAGAGAAAUAUUCUGCAGAGGAAGGAGAAGUUCCUUAUGAGGAGCUUUCAGGACAAUUGACUGAGAAAACUUGCCUAAGUGAUAAAAAAAUAGGCAAAAAGAUUAUACCAGAGAAGGAAGAGAAAACUACCUUCAGCACCCACCUAAAAAAAGACAAAAUUAGACAGAAAAAUGCCCCUGAAAAGCUUCCUCUGCAAAAAGAAGAAUCUGACACAGUGAUUACAGGAGAAGGAAUGAAAGAUGAAGUUUCCAUAGAAGAACAUGAAAAAGGAGUCAAAGAUGAAAUAGUUGACAGAUCUGAGUCAAUAAAGAAAGUUCCUCCUGUUCAGGCACCAGAGAUUCAAGAUAAAAAACAAUUUCAAGAAGUUCAGAUCAUUCAGGACGAAUGUAAAGGAAUUCCAGCUCUCAAAAGCAGCAAAGCCAAAACUGAAGAAAAGAAACUUUCUUUGACUGUCGAAGAAGUGAAGCCUUUGGAAAAGGAACUUCCAGUGACACGAGGUACAUUAGACGAAAAAAACUCAGCCAAACACGACAUUGCAAAAAGCACAUCUGUCAUCAUGAAAAAAGAGAAGGGAAAGCUUUCAGAUAAAACACCAUCAAGAAAAGGAAUCCCUGCAAGUGAAGAAGUUAGUUACUCCACAAGCAUAGCUAAGAUAUUAACCCCCAAGAAAGCAGAAGGAGAGAAAGAAUGCCAGAAAUCAGAACCUCCUCGCAUGAUUGAGCAGGUCGGUAAAGUUUUGAGUGAGAACAGGAAAUUGGAUGCACCUGGAGAAUCACGUGAAGUUCUGGAUGUUCCUGCAAAGUCUCAUGCAAAGCGAGGUGAGGAAGGCCACUGCAAUUUCUUCCACGAGCUGCUUGUACUAUUUGCUUCAGAAGAAUACCAUUUCCCAUUGUAA